CACCAUUUUAAGAAGUCGCUUCGUCAGAGUCGCUUCUCCACGUUUUCUUGUCGUUGUACAAAGUGAAUGAGAAGACAAAUUCCACUCGUCUCUUAUUUUUCCACACCGUUUGGUGGUGAAGAGUUUUUUUUGGUCUUGGACCUAAAGGGACAAAUAACACCCUCUCGGCCUGGUGGUGUUGGAACAAGCGAGCUCUCGAAGCUAACUUUAGCUAGCUGCCUCUUCUCGACCAAUGCAACGUUCUUUGAGUUUUCAACAGAAUUCAGUCAAAAUGAGUGCUGCAUCUUCUCAAAAAGUUGUCCUGAAGAGCACCACCAAAGUGUCCCUGAACGAGCGGUGAGGCGCCAUGCACCUUAUCGGAAGUUUAACGCCAGAAUCAAAGGCCGUCCUUGGUGUUUGAAGGUCCUUGUGCUCGCCGAAGAAGGCCACCCACUGUCUGGGACCUGGCCCCAAAUGGAUGCCAUUUUGAAUGAUCCUUGUGUGUGCACUGCUCACUCAGCUUGGUUGGACCUGUGAAUAUUUUGGGAAGCAUGAGCUGAAAUAAGAACGUUGCCAGGCACUACGUGUGCUUGCCCAGGCCAAAUGCUACGCGUGAGCAGUGCACAAAAGGCGAUCAAGUUGGUCAUAAUUGCUAGAUGGACCGGACCGCUGUCCUGAAACUUCCAUGGCACUCGUACUCCCUGUUGUAUACACGAGGUACACUCAACGGAGAGGAGUCGAGAUGUGGCAAAGAUCCCAAAAGUUUCUCUCAAUCUCUUUCAAACCAGCUGAAGUUAAGCACCUUUCUUGUUUCCUCUUUUCUCUCCUCCUAUACAAGUUCAGGUACUCGGUCCUAGCCUGGACGUGACACAGCAGCAGCAGCAGCCUCGGCCGCUGGCUGCGUGUCGUCCUUGUCACGGUCCUUGCUGUAAGAGGCCGAGUAACCAAACGUAGCCCGUGGCCUCUGCUACCGCAGGAUGAUCUAAUGAGCCAGUCGGCUCGAGGCCAGUAAGUGGCAUCUGUACGGCUUUCUCUUGUCUCUAUUCUUUUCUUAAAAUCAAAUCAAAGCUUUCUCUCACUCUCUUCUCUCUAACUCUCACUCUCUCUCUCUCUCUCUCUGUAUCUUGUGCUUCUUAUGCUUGGUUUGGAAAACAAAGAAUUGAUAUUUUCAAGAGAGAAACAAACGAGUGAUGGCAAAUGGAAUCUAAAUAACAUAAGAGCCACGAGACUUCACUAACAUGCUGAAGAACAAGCAGCCCACAGCGGUUAGCAUUCGAGCCACCAUGCAACAGCAGCAUAUGGCCAGUGCGCGCAAUCGUCGGCUGGCCCAGCAGAUGGAGAAUCGGCCCUCGGUGCAAGCUGCUUUGAGUCACAAACAGAGCCUGAAGCAACGACUGGGGAAGAGCAACAUCCAAGCCAGGUUGGGGCGGCCCGUUGGCAUGGGAAUGCGGGGAGGUGCCGUCGGCGUUAGAGGAGCAAUGCGUGGGAUGACCAGAGGACUUCGCGGAAGAGGCAGAGGAGGAAUGAUGAGAGGCGCUCUUUCCCUGAGAGGAAAGCGAAUGGCUCCUGGUUUCCCCAUGCGAGGCCGGGGCUCCGCCGGCCGCGUGGCCAUGCGUCGAGGGGGCCGCCAGCGUGCGGGGGUUCCUGGCCGAGGGGGAGCUAUGGGGAGAGGAGCGCCCCGUGGAGGGAUAGCCAGGGGUCGCGGUGGUCUUCGUGGGCGCGGCGGCGGCGGUUACGCCGGCAGACGCGGCCGCGGCAGAGGUGUCGGCCGACCGUCGGUGACCCGCGAGCAACUGGACAACCAGCUGGAUGCUUACAUGUCAAAGACCAAAGGUCACCUAGAUGCUGAACUGGAUGCCUACAUGGCCCAGGCUGACCCAGAUAGUAUGGAGUGACACUGGACUCGAGUUACUGCAAGAACUGUACAGCUCCUUUAACACAUACUGUGUAGUGUCGAUGACUUGUUCUCAGAAAAUGGGUUUGAUGAGAGCGCCGCCGUAAACGGUCCGGGAGUCUUUGGACGAGCAGAAAAUUGCUAACACUGAAUGUGCUUUCGUCCACAUGUUAUUUCUACAGCUGUUGCUAUGAAACCCAUUUUAAUUAUACUCAACAAUAUGAACGGACUUUUAUAAAUCUUGAAGAACCCAGUUGUUUUCCUAUUUCCUUUUAAUACCAGGGUCUAUACGUGUGUUAACCUGUUUUGUCAUUGUUUGAGUCACCUUUUGACUUUGUUUCUGCCAUUGCAAAUGUUUCUUUACACCCAGAAUUUAGUCUUCCAAGGCGUUUUUGUUGGCGCUGGUGCAUAAAUUAGUAGGUCAAAAGAAAGCCUAAACCCGAGCAGUUUUUAAGAAGCCAUGGGUGAAUGGUUCCGGGAGGGCGGAGACCAUUUGGCCCGUCACCAUUUCUGCAGCAAGUAGGCAUUAACUCGUAUUUUCAGCAGCAUUUCAAAACGCUGAAAGCUCAGCAAUGACUCAUUUUACAAAGUGAAAAUAAAAACAAAAAGCUUACCUUUA